AUGGCGGAGAAAGCACUGACGAGAGCGACAACGCCGACGGGCAGCUGGCGGCGUCCCGAGCCUGUGGACAGAGCAGAUCCGGAGAACAGGAGAGACAGCCUGCAUGCGGGAGCGCCCUACGCGUCCGAGGGACAAGGAGGAAGGAAGACCGAGAGCGGCAGAAGCCCAGAAUCCCUGAGCUUGUUCUCCCGGCAGUUCCUUGCGGAGAGCCGUACACCACAAUCGUCCUGGUCCCGGUCUCGUCCAUCCUCUUCGGCUCCUGCCUCUUCGCUGCGCCCCUCUCCUUCUUCAGAUCCCUCUCCUCGUGCCUCCUCUUCCUCUAGCUGUCCAGCUUGCUCUUGUGGGUUGUCUUCUUGUCUGUCCACCGACUCCCCCGGUUCUCGCACGUCUGCUUCGGGGGUUCCCGAUAAGUUCAAGAGAUCCUGUGCAUAUUCCGGAAAGCCUCCACCAUCCAAAAAACGACGACUGCUGCCUGCAGCACAGCUGGCCUCUCCAACGUGUACCCUCAAAGGACACGUGUAUCGCUGCCCUUUAGAGCGGAAACACUCGCUUCCCACGCCGUCCGUUUUUUUAGAGAAAGACGGCUCUCUCUCGUCCUCAGCGCUUCGGAUUUUAUCGCGUCUCCACGUAAAGUAUGUCCCCUCUGAGGAUCCCCACAAAGUGACUAGCGGGUCCUCGGGCUUUGUACGCACUGCAUCCUUCUCUGCGUCUGUCAAGUCUGGGCAACUCGGAGGCCGUGCGUCACCGCCUCAGACAAAGACAGGCCUUAACCCGCUCAUCUCUCUUCUCUGUUGUCUGCCUCUCCUCGAGCCUUCCUCGCGGCCUUCCUGCUUCUUCUUCCUCUCGCCGUCUGCACUUCUGACACCUUCUUCUUCUCGCGCGUCCUCCUCCUCUUCUUCUAAGCCUCCGUACCCGUCGGAUCGCGUGAGGCCUGGAGGCCUGACAGGAGACGCGUUCAAGUUAUCUAGGCUUCAGCUGCUGUACGAUUCGCUUCCCUUGUGUUGUCAGCCUCUCGCGUGCUCGUCAUCGUUGGUGUCUCGUUUUUCGUCUUUGGAUCAGUCAUUCGGCGUCCCCUCUGCGUCGCCUGCCUUUGUCCCCAUCAACACGUGGGCUUUCUUUCUCUCGCUGCUUGCCACCGUCACAUCUAGUCCUCUGCCUUGUGUCUCACCUUCUUCCGUUUCCCCCUCCUCCUCUUCUUUCGAAUCGUCUGAUGGCUUCUCGUCUCUCUCUCGAUCGGCGUCGCCGCGCUUCAAGCGGGCUCUGGUCUUCGUCUUUGAGUUUAUUCCUACGCUCUGUUGCUCUGCAUGCUGUGAGGCGGACCACGCGGAGAGCCUCCGGAGACGCGGUGCAGAGCCGACAGCGAACGCAGUUGAGUGUAGGGGAAGCCAGGGCAGUAGCGAGACCAGCCGAAUCGAAAACGUGCAGCGGGAAGACGAUGCAGGAGGUUGCCGCCAUGGGGCUGGUGAGGGAGAGAGACGCACCGAAGAGAAGGAGGGAGAACACCGCCUCGAGGCAGGCAGCACGGAACAGACGCGACAGCAAGGGCGAGAACCGGAAAGCAAUGAUGACGCGGGAAUGCCGGUUUCAGAUGAACAGAGAGGAGAUCCGCAGCGACCGACAGGAAGGGUAGAGAGAGAAGAGAGACGGGCAGCGAACGAGAACGACGGUUUUUGGGCGCGAAUCUGCGGCGUUGAAAACAGCCAAUUCAUUCGUGUGUGUCGAGAGAGAUUCUCCCGCGUCGUCAUGCUCCUGCCGCCGAUCCCUGAGGCUUCUCACAUCAUGGGAUGUGAAGAGAUCAAAGGAGAACAGAGUGGGAGAGAGGAGACACAUUCACAAGAGAACAUCGAGGCAGAUGCCGAGCUCGCCUGGACAACAUGGAUUGAACAAGGGGGGCGUGUCGCUGAGCUUACCAAUCCGGCAUUCGAUCGGCCAUUUUAG